AUGACAGUACUGAGAACUGAUCCUCUCCUGGACACCAACCCAACGCUCGCAAUUGUCUACAUUGUCAUUGUCGGGAUCGCUAUUCUUGUCGGGACUUGUGGAAACGUUUUGAUUCUCAGGAUAUUUACUGUGAUGAGGGGAAUCAACAGGCCAGGAAAGGAGUUUAUGAUGAACUUAGCCAUUGCAGACUUGUGUGUCACGGCCUUUGCAGAUCCUCUCUGUAUUUUAGGAUCUCAUCAAUACAAAAUAAUAUUAGAAAUUGCUUUUUAUCAGCACUUGGUAUUGUGGAUCAAGUCAACAAACAAAUCUAACGAAUUUGUUCUAUUCUCUUUACUUAAAGGUGUUGUCAAAGGAGAAUAUUUUUUCACCGACAAUAUGUGGAUGUGUGAACUCGUUGCUGGAAUGUGCGCAACAGCCUGUUCCUGUGCCAUCCUGAGCCUCACUCUUCUGUCGUUGUCAAGAUAUAUAUACCUUUGUCACAAGCAGCUCUACUAUAGACUUUUCGGUCGAGUCUCUUGCAUUGUCAUGUGCGUCGGCUGUUGGCUAAUGGCCUCUUUUUAUGAAGUCCCCAAGUUUUUUGGAUGGGUAGGAUAUUAUUUUGACCAGAAAAACCACCAAUGCAUUUCGGAUCGAACUGCAAAUUUGUCAUUCACCAUGUUUGUCUGCAUUAGUACAAUCGUACAGCUUAGUAUGAUAAGCGUUUUUUACUUUUUAAUUUUUCUACAAAUCUGGAAAACCAAACGAAAUGUUUUCAAAUUAGAUUCAGAUAAUCCUUUGAGGAUGAGAAGAGCGUGGAAUGAAACGGUUCGUUCGUCAAAAGUUUUGUUCUGUGUCUUCGUUGUUUUCGUCGUUUGUUGGACACCCUACUGCAUCAUUAUGAUACCAGAUGUAGAAGAUAACUUUUCCACCGAGGUCUACCUUUUUCUUACUCUUCUGGCACAUUUACAUUCGAGUGUCAACUGCAUAAUAUACACCACUGGAAAUAAGAAAUUUCGAGGACAAAUUAUGCGCCACUUUCGUUGCAGAUCGUCUGUGAAAUCACCAGUCACUUUUCACAUGAAAAACAGAUUUACAUUUACGUAG